AUGGCUGAGGCCGGAGUCGAGUACGAAGACGUCAUAAUAGACGAAUUUGAAGAAUGGCCGGCAUUGAAAAGCUCACCAGGCGUCAAAAGGUUUCCGUUUGCACGUACACCAAUCUUGGAAGUGGAUGGAGUGACCAUUGCAGAGAGUCGAGCUAUAGCCAGAUUCCUAGCAAGACGACAUGAUUUGUAUGCGGAAGACCUGUUUGACCAAGCAAAGAUAGACAUGAUAACAGACACAAUGAAAGAUAUUUUUGAAAAACUUGGAGACAUAUGGUUUGCCAAGGAGAAUAAACAAGAAUUGAUGGACAAAUACUAUAACGACGUAUUCCCUUUGUUAUUGCAAGGACUUGAACGUGUAUUGAAAGAAAACAAUGAUGGGGAUGGAUACUUUGUCGGAGAUACGGUGACACUGGCUGACCUGUCAUUUGCUGAUACAAGCUACUUUAUGGUGGAGUGGAGACCGGAUGUAUUAAAUGAAUAUCCCAAAUUAAAGGCGUUGAAAAAACGCGUGGAGAGUCGCCCGCGAAUUGCUGAGUGGAUGAAAAAAAGACCAGAGUCCACCAUAUGA